CCGGCACGCGCGGACGCCUUGCACGAUACCCUCGAUCACCGCCGCUGUGCUAAAACGAGACACAGGAUACCCCUUACCUCGACAACAGAACGAGACACAACACCGACGUCCGAUUUCAACAGGUGGAUUGCUAAACGAGGAACAUGUGCUACUUCAGUAUAAUAGUGAUAAUCUUCGAUUGUUACAUAUUGUGAAGUGGUUGUGAAUACGAUAUCGAAAUGCGACGUACAGUGACGCCCCCUGUGCUAUUUAUCCUCGUCUGUGGACUUGUUUUAGUAUCAGGGAUGGCGGAGGUGUGGGUAGAACUGCGUGCGCCACGGUUCGUGGUGCACAAGCACAGUGCGGUGCUGCGCUGUGAACACAACGUCGACCCGGAGGCACUGUAUAAGGUGGUGUUCUUCAAGAACGGGCAGCGUAUCAUGAAAUACGUAAGAGAGCGAGACCCGCCCUACGAAAUUUACAACUUUACGGGGGCUCAAAUUAAUUUAUCCAAGUUGUCGCCCACAUCACUCACCUUAGAAACUCUGGACUUCACAGCGUCCGGCCCCUACGCGUGUGAAAUCGCACUUGAAACCCCACUCUACUCCAAAGUGUCUAAAAUACACGAACUAAAUGUUAUUGUGAAACAGAGGUACCGUCCUAAGAUAAAAAUAAAACAUAAAAAGCUGUUAUCGAGCGAACACUUGGAAGCGACGUGUCAGAGUGCUGGUGCGCACCCUGCACCACACCUCACCUGGUUCAUCAACAAUGUAAAGGUGGAUGAAAGGCUGACGGUCCCGUACGGCACAGUGAAGUUGCAGCGGCAUUCCCACCAUGGCAUACAGCUGUCGAUGACCAACUCCUCGCUCCACUUCCCCCUGACCACGCUACAGCUUGCCCCCAACCAGACGGUGGAGAUCACCUGCCUCAGUACUAUACCCAGCUACGCGAAUGACGGCGAAGGUUACGCCGACGUCCAGAAUCAUACCGUCACGGUGAACGUGAUCGGCAUUGAGCCUGCCCCAACGCAACUUCCCGUCAAAAUCAUUAGUUCGGAGCUCAAUUUUUCGACUCGUUGUGAACUAAACCGUAUAUUAAUCGCUAUAUUGUUACUGGCCUGUCAUUUUGGAAGGGUCAUCCUGUAGACGACCUUAAUUCAAUAUAUCUGGAUAAUGAUUGUCCUUCUUUUUAUUAUACAGUUCAUCUGAAAAGUUAUUUUUGUGUAAAUCUGAAGUAUAUUGCGUGGUUACUAUCAGUUGAUUUGUGAUAUUGUUAGUAACAAAGCAACGUACUUGUAUUGUACAGGAUUAAAAUUUUAAUUGUUUUACUACAUGUUGUUUACCCUUCCAAAUUGUAAUUAAAGGAUUGUGGUGAUUUGACUAUAGUAAAUGUGGUUAAGGAAUUGGUUAUAUUUUCUAAAAUCCAUUUCAUUCUUUUAUUCUUAGAUUUAAAAAAAUGUUUUAAAAUUAAUUCGGUUUUGUCUCGAUUGCUGUAGUCUAUUUGAAUAUUAAUUCUAUAGAUGAUGUUUCAGUUUGAUAGAAUAUUUAUAUUCCUAGAAUUUAAAAUUAAAGAGAAAAUUGGACUAUGAAAAAGGUGAUUGGGGUAAUUCAAAAUUACAUUUGAAAUUUAAUUUUCUUACGUCAAUUUAAUAACCUAAUCUUUGAAAGAUUGGUAACUGAAGUUUGGAGUAAAUAUUAUAUUCCAAGAAAUAUGAU